AUGGCUUAUCGCAACGGCGCGCCGCCCGGUGGGCAGUCGCCGCAGCCGCCCAACCAACGGCUGCCUCAGAUCCAGCAGCCCACCAACCAGAUGGCCUACGGCGCCCAGUACGCCGCCCCCAUGGGCUACAACAUCAACCCACCCGGGUCCGGCGGCUACCCAGGCGCAGGCGGGAUGGUAGGCUACGGCUACAACGCCGCCGGCCAAGCCUACGCUCAGCAGCAGCAAUCCCACCACUACCAGGCGCCACCGCACCUGCAGGCUCAGAUUCACCAGGCCGCCCUCGCUGCCCAGGCCCAGGCGCCACCCUCGCAGCUUCAGCAUCCAGCCAUGUCCCAGGCCACGCAGCUCCACCAGCAGCAGAUCGCCGCCGCUCAGCAGGGCCUCCACGCGCCCGACUCUGGCUACGGUCCUCGCUCGCCGGGCGGCUCGUCGAUCAACCGAUCACCCUCGCCCUCUGGUAGGCCUGGAAACGUCUCGCCCGGCGGACGCGGCAGCCCCAACUCGUUUGCCCAGGCGCAGGCCCAGGCGCUCGCGCAGCAGCAGCAGCAACAGCAACAGCAACAGCAACAGCAACAGCAGCAGCAGGGAGGCUCGGGAUCGGGAUCCACGUCGCCGAACCCGGCCAACGAGAAGCCGGCCGACUAUGUCUACUUCGAGCGUUCGACGGCGGGCAUGCAAAAGUCGACGAUCGAGGCGGCGACGGGCGCCAAGCUCAAGCUCGAGCACUUCUACAAGGUCUUCGUCGAGCAGGCCAUUGAGCGGUCGCACCGCCGCGUCGAGCUCGAGAAGCGGCUGGCCAAUCCGGCCGAGAGCGGCCACCUGACCGAGGAUCGCAAGGCUCGCCAGCUGCACUCGCUCGGGCGCCGCGAGUCCAACUUCCUCCGGCUGAGGCGGACGCGGCUGGGCCUCGACGACUUCCGCACCGUCAAGGUGAUUGGCAAGGGCGCGUUCGGCGAGGUGCGGCUGGUGCAGAAGGUCGACACGGGCAAGAUCUACGCCAUGAAGACGCUGCGCAAGAGCGAGAUGUUUAAAAAGGACCAGCUGGCCCACGUCCGCGCCGAGCGUGACGUGCUGGCCGAGUCCAACUCGCCGUGGGUGGUGCAGCUGUACUACUCGUUCCAGGACUCGGCCUACCUCUACCUGCUGAUGGAGUUCCUGCCGGGCGGAGAUCUGAUGACGAUGCUGAUCAAGUACGACACGUUUUCCGAGGAUGUGACGCGCUUCUACAUGGCCGAGUGCGUGCUGGCGCUCGAGGGGAUCCACAAGCUGGGCUUCAUCCACCGCGACAUCAAGCCGGACAAUAUCCUGAUUGACGCCAAGGGCCACAUCAAGAUGUCCGACUUUGGCCUCUCGACGGGCUUCCACAAGCAGCACGACUCGGCCUACUAUCAGCGGCUGUUUGAGGGCAGCGCCGGCCAGAACCCGGCCCAGGCCGGGCGCAACAGCGUCGCCGUCAACUCGAUCAACCUGACCCUCAGCAGCAAGGACACGAUCGCCACCUGGAAGGCCAACCGGCGCAAGCUGGCCUACUCGACGGUGGGCACGCCCGACUACAUUGCGCCCGAGAUUUUCCUGCAGCAGGGCUACGGCAACGAGUGCGACUGGUGGAGCCUGGGCGCCAUCAUGUUUGAGUGCCUGUGCGGCUACCCGCCCUUUUGCUCGGAAAACGCCCACGACACCUACCGCAAGAUUCUGGCGUGGAGGGAGACGCUCCAGUUCCCCGACGACAUCCACCUCAGCCCCGAGGCCGAGGACAUGAUCCGACGGCUGAUUACGGCGCCCGAGACGCGACUGGGACGCAACUCGGCGCAGGAGAUCAAGGACCACGCCUUUUUCGCGGGCGUCGACUGGAGCACGAUCCGGCAGAUUGACGCGCCCUUUAUCCCGCAGCUCAAGAGCAUCACCGAUACGUCCUACUUCCCCACCGAGGAGUACACCGACGUGCCCGAGGUACCGUCUGGCGCUGAUGUCGGCGUCGGCAGCAAGGACCUCGCCUUCCUCGGUUACACUUACCGCCGCUACGAGAGCAACGAGGGCGUACUGGGUUAG